AUGCAGUCCCGCGAAGCAGUGGCCAUAGCCGAACUUGUCAUCUACAUUCCUCUCCUCAUUCUUGCCACCUAUGUCAAUAUCCGUCAAGGGUUCUCACGCCAGCUCGGAUAUCUCUACCUCAUGAUCUUCUGUAUCCUCAGACUUGGAGGGGCUGCAUUGACCAUCGUCGCUGUCAACAAUCCAACCAGCAAGACUGACGCAGCAUGGGCCUCCGUUCUUGGUUCUAUUGGCCUGAGUCCUUUGUUACUGGCUGAAAUGGGAAUGCUGGACAGGAUUUGCAAGUCCAUCGAGGGUAGAAAUUGGCAGGUGAAGAUCCUACGACUCCUGCACAUCCCGGCAAUUAUCGGCCUCAUAGUCGGCAUCGUCGGGGGCACAAAGUUGCAAUAUCCAGACAAGGCCUCGACCGGUCUAGAUUACCUCAAAGCGGGCUCAAUCCUCUUCCUCCUCACCUACCUCGGCGUCGUCGCUAUGGCGGUCCUUACACUACCAGCCUUCCCGCAUUUCCAUCGCAGUGAAAAAGCAGUCUUUGCCGCCAUGCUGGCCGCUUUACCCUUUCUCGCCGUCAGAAUCUUGUACUCCUUGUUGGCGAGCUUUGUGAACAAUGGGUCUUUCUCGAUCACAAAAGGGAACAUAUUCGUACAGCUUGGGAUGGCCAUCAUUAUGGAGCUCUUCACCGCGCUCUUCCUUAUCGCUGCCGGAUUAAUCGCGGAGCCAGAGAAGAAACGCCAGCAGAGGCAGCAGCCAGCUGCGAAUAUGGGAGGAAGCGUAGUGCCACCGGGAGAGUAUGAGCAGCACGGGUAUCAGAAGCCACUUGGGCAGAACAAUAAUUAUGCGAUGGGUACCGUGUAA